AUGCACCAACCUAAAAGUAACAGGAUUAGAUGUUUAACUUAUCCUUCAGAUUGCCCGUACGAUCGGAUCAAUGGCAGCGUUGGACCAGGAUGCGCGGAUUCCAAUGGCGCCAAGUGUCAUGCACAGUGUGUCGCCGGAUGUACAGUGCCGGAUGAUGACACAGCAUGCUACGGAUGUUUACACUACAACCACAAUGGCGCUUGUGUUGAGAAAUGUCCUGGGAAUCUGUUCGUAUACUUGAACCGGCGAUGUAUCACGGAAGCGGAAUGCGAUUCGUAA